UGAGGUGAGACCUGCACACCGGCAGCACUGUGGAAAUGAGUCAGACAGCAAAAGAUUUGCUGAUUAUCUACGAGACGGAGGCCAGCAAAUGGGCCUCCUACCUGCAGUCAGUCUUCACUGGUCCCAUCUCGGCGGCCGGCAUCUGCUGCCUCGACAUUACCGAGGCGUCCUGUCAGGGCGACGGCUUCCUCGGGUUGACCCAGUACACCUGCAAGCUCCUCAUCCUCUCCAAGGGCUUGCUGGAGGGUCUUUGCCAGAGCUGGCGCUCCUUUCUGGCCCAGGUUCUGACCCCCGGAGCCCGUGUGGUGGUGCUGCUCUGUGGGGUGGGAAGUCUGACACCUUUGCUGGAGGCGGUGCCCCUGAAAGGCGACGAGUGCCUGCAGAUCUCCACCGAACAAGACGCUUCGUACUAUGUGGCCACCGUGACGGACAUUGUGACGAAAGGUGUGUCAGCCUCAAAUGUCAGGCCCGAGACGCAGAAAUCGCCGGGAUCGGAGGAGAAGGCGGAGAAAAUGCAGCCAGCCGGAGCUGAUGGUGUCACAUCCAGCAUUGUGGUCAUUCCUCCCAGAGUCCCCUGCGGGAGCUCCACAGAGGUGUUCGUUCUUUUGAAAAAUGAGGCGGCUGGCAGCAACAUCCAGGUUGAGUUCAUCAGAGUGAAUCAGAAGCUGAUGGUGAAGCCUGUCCGCUGGAAUGAGAGGAUCCUGCGUGUCCGAGCUCCAGAUUUCCCCCCGGGGAAUGUGCGUGUGAACGUCUACAGUGGUGAAGUGCUGCUGAACAACACACAGCUGCAAUACUACAGCAGCAUGGAGGAGAUCAGCUGCCUGCUGUCGAGCGUCGCAGACCCUGUAGAUUUCAUGUGUCAGGCUCUUCAGGUUUCAUCAGUGGACGAGCUGGAUGAGAGGUUAUCUUCCAUGCUGCUGGAGGGGCUGCCCACCGGAGGCUUUCAGGGACUGCAGUGUGAAAACACACCUGACAGAGAGCUCCACCACGCAGAUGUUCCCUCGCUCCUCCACUUCGCUGCUCGGUAUGGACUCAGAAGCCUGUCCGGCCUGCUGCUGCAGUGUCCGGGCGCCGGACGAGCUCUGCAGACGGCCGAUCGCCACGGACAGACUCCCACUGACCUCGCCGAGAGUCACGGCCACAAAGAACUUCAUGUCCUAUUGAAGGAAACUCUGAGCAUGCUCACCUCGGGCGAGGACAGUGGCGAAGCCAGUGUGUACGAGAUGAUGUGCAACACAGAUGCACAGAACAUGCACCGAGUAGAGGAGGAAGAGGAGGAAGAGGAGGAGGAGGAGGAUCUCUACGCACCCCUGGGAGUGAAUGAUGAAUACGACACCAUCCUGAACCCAGCCAAAGUGGUGAUGAUUGCGAAUCGCCCACCGGCGCCCACGCCUCGGCCUGAAAGCACCCAAGCCAGGCAGGACAGAACCCCCUACAUCGCUCAAGUGUUCAAUAAGAAGAAGUGCCCACAGGGUGGAGCUGAUCUCUAUUCACUCCCCAGUAAACAAGCGCAGGGACGGGAACGCAGCCCGGCUCCCACCCCUGGCGCCCCGGGCCCCAGGCAGACGCAGGGGCCUCAGCUGCUCGCUCAGCUCCAGCAGAGGGUGAAGGCGGGCCCGCUCUCUGCGGACGACCGGCAGGAGGUGCAGGGGGGCGUGGAAGCCAAGCAGCAGGAGAAGCUGAGUCAUCUGCCGGCCAGCAGCUCCAACAGCAGAGCGGACGACAGCGGCGCCUAUGAUAAAAUCAACGCCGUUCAUCACGCGCCAAGUUUCGCGGGGAAUGAAAGUCGGAGAGGGAGCCCACCGGCGGAGCCUCAGUUUUGCAGUAAGCCACUUAAAGGACAGCAGGGAGAUGUCUGUUGGAAACCUGAAAAAAGGUGAAGCUGCAUCUCACAACAAAGACGCUUUCGCCACUUCACCGUGAUCGGCUUCAAGACGCCUUCGCUGUGUUCGCAUGAUUUUCUUUGUUUCAUGAAUGGUUGAUCAGAUUACUUAGCUGUACGUACCGGGCAACAUAGAGUUAGUUGUCUCACCCAAGGACAAGGUGAUGCAUAAAAACGACCGGAUGGGGAAUCAGAUUGGAUUGUAAGAUGACUUCUGAACCACAUCCACCUCUCAUUCUCACUGCAUCUCCCAGCUUGGCUUUUUUCUGCUUUUAAUGAUAUUUUUCUUAAUCUGUGAUGUUUUAAAGGAUGCCACCUUAAUAAAAGUUAUUUCUAAAUAAGCCAUUCAUCCAGGUUUUUAGAGCCAACAUUCUCAUGAGCCCUGGAUGGUUCUGUUCCCCUGUAGAGGGCGCCACGCCUCUAGAUAUCUGCGGCGCCCAGGCACAGUCUGGAGCAGCCAUGACAUCUGGUGAGCACAGGAGCACCUGCUGACCUCCUGUUGGCUCCGAGGCAAGCCGCGGAAGAAAAUACAUCCAUACAUGUUUAUGAAUGUAAAACGGAAAGGAAAAACACUCACGCGGAAGGUGAGAGCAUCAAUGAAGUGCCUCUCGCGGCGCCCGACGGCCAAACAGGAAACACAUGUGGAGGCUUGGUUUACAUGUCAGGAUUAAUCUGCAAAUGAAGCCCAGAAAAAAAAAUCUAAACUGUAACACUACCAGAUCUGCUUUGUGAUGAUGAGCAGAAAUGCUUACAUAAGCAGGAGACAGAAAUUAAAGUGUUGGGUUUUUUUUCUUUCUUCAUUUGGUUCAGGUGCAGGCACGUUGUAUAAUUCAUUAAAUAAACCUCAAGAGGGCCUGUUUUAAAUCACUGCCACUGAUUAUGG